CUUGAUGCUGUGGAAAAGCUGUCAGCAGUGUAUGGAGAAGAAUGGAAACAAAAGUCUUCUGAAAACCUCAUGGAGAGCAAAUAUUUCAAAGCAAUUCCAGAAUUUCUCCAAUCCAAGAGGAAGAUUUUGACAUGUGAAUCGGCUAAUGAACUCUGUGCAAAAGUUGUCAAGUACACACGAAGUGAUUCAAAACAAGAAGAAGGUAAUGAAGCAAAAAAGUGGUUUUGGCCACUAGUGAAGUGUGUGACUGUCAGGGUGCCAAACAAGCCUCUUCUCCAGCAUGUCACACUUGUGGACCUUCCUGGAAAUGGUGACUGUAACAAGAGCAGAGAUCAGAUGUGGAAAGGGAUACUUGGAAAUUGUUCUACUGUGUGGAUUGUGACUGAAAUUAACCGAGCAGCAUCAGAGAAAGAGGCCUGGGAGAUCCUGGAAAGUGUCAGUAGUCUGAUUGGAAAUGGUGGCAAAUGUCAGCAAAUUCAUUUUAUCUGCACCAAGUCUGAUCUUCUUGAUGAUUCAGAUGAUCUUUCAUCAGCUGAUGUCCAUGAUCUAAUCACUGAAAGAAAUGUGCAAGCCACGGAUGCAAUAAAGAAAGAAUUCAACAAGCAAAGCAAAAUUAGGAAACACUUCACUGAUGACAGUUUCAAAGUGUUCACAGUGAGCUCCAAAGAGUUCCUAAAAGAAAACUACUUAAGUCCAGAAGAAACUGAAAUACCCAAACUUCAGAGAUAUAUGCAAGAUCUCAAUGACUGUCACUCAGAGACAGUAAACUAUGUGACUCGAGCUCACAGGAUUCUGUCUUUGAUUCAAGGAGCCAUCUCCAGAGGAGUGGAUAGUGAAAAAGGCGAGGUGUGUGAAGAACUUGAGAGAAACAUGAGCCUCCAACUUGAUAAUGUCAGAAAAGAAAUGGAAGACACCUAUACGGCUUUUAAAAAAUGUCUUGAUGAUGGUGUUGAGAAAUCCAAAUGUUCAUAUGGAGAAAAACUCAAGAACUUCUUGUAUGAUGGAAAGAAUGGUGGUGCUUUUUACAAUUUACUGAAGUGUGUUGUUGAGAAUGGUGGCGUCUACAAACCAAAAAAGGGGAAACCAAUUAACCUUAAUAUGAAGUUGGCUUCCUGUCUGAUUGACAGCAUUGGUGCAGAAUUCAGAAAGACCUUCCCAAAUGAAGUAAAAUGUGGAGCAUUCAGCGGAGUCAUCAAUACAUUUACACUUAACACUGAUUCUCUGAUUGAAAAGUACCAAAAUGCUGAACUACAGCUCAGAUUCCUCAAGACAGAGGAAGAAAAGAUUAAGGCAAAAUUAAACAGAAUCAUCCAGACGCAGAUGAAAAAAGUCUACAGCAGUCUGACAGAGACAGUUGAGAACAUUAUGGAAGAAGGCUACAAGAAGGCUUUAGCAUUUACAGGAGAAGACACACUGUACAACAUGAGGGAGACUAUUAAAAACCACGUGCACUCAAAGAAGGACAUGUUUGAGCAGGCAAAAAAUACCAUGUUGGAGAAGUUGCACGAUUUGAUGGUAUACGUCUUGGAGACUCUGGAGAAAACUACGAAAGAAUCUAUUGGACUUUCAUUCAAGGCUGAAGAGUGCUUACUCCCAGAUGUUUCAACAGAGCUUAAGAUGGUGAAGAAACAUUAUGAUCUACUUGUAGGCACUCCAGAUGAUGAAAUAUAACUGGUCGUCUCUAUCUCUAACCCCAGAAGAGCCUCUCAGUCCUGA